AUGAGUGUUGGCCCCCAGCUACAGUUGGCAGUCCUCUGGCCUUGGCUGCUUAUGGCUACGCUGCAGGUACGACUGGGCUACUCUGGACUGGCCCUGGCGGCCGCCGUGGAAGCCGACCGAUCGCUGGCCCAGAAGGCAAUAAUUCGGGUGGUCCCUUUCAAGCUGGAGCCCCUCAUGCUGGAAGGAGUCUUCGCCAGCGUGGCGGACGUGACCCCAGCAGAAGGGAAGCUUCUGCAGUUCCACCCCCUGUCUCUGUGCAACACCAGCGAAGACGAGCACACCGUCCCAGGGUUUGUCUCCAUCGUCAAACUGGAACGUCCCGACCGGGAUCUCCACCCUUGUCUGUCACUGGCCAAUAAGGCUAAACUGGCGGGGGAGAGAGGGGCACGGGCUGUCCUCUUCGACAUCACAGAUGACCAGGGCGCCGCUGACCAGCUGAGGAAGCCCCGGGGGCUCAGUCACCCCGUCGUUCUCAUCUGGGGCCACGAUGCUGAGCUGCUGAUGGGGGUGGUCAACAAUAACCGAGAAGCCCAUGUGAAGAUCGAGGUGAAGGAGAUGCCGGCUUGGGAUCAGAUCCACAGAUGCCUGGAGACCGUGAAAAAUGAGAGAAAGAAAAUUCUGGCCUAUAAAGCGGAUGCUGAAAAGCAAAGCAAACACCUGCUUAAACAAAACGAAUUGGAAAGAGAAAACACAGUGGCUCUGUUCAGACAAUUGCACGAGUUUCUAGCAGAUCAAGAGAAACUUCUGCUAUUCCAGUUGGAGGAGCUGGAAAAGGACAUCGCAAGAGCAAGGGAUGAGUGUCUAGCCAGACUCUCCAAGGAACUCUCCUCUCUUGAAAGACUCAUCCAGGAGAUGGAAGAGAAGCACCAGCAGCCAGAUAUUGAUGUUCUGAAGGAUGUCAGAAACACUUUCCAGAGGUAUCAGAAGAAGGAGACGUUUGAGAAUCCAGGGGCUUUCCCUCCUGGGCUGAAAUGGAGGCUCUGGGGUUGCUGUGAGAUCAAUCACUUGCUGGAGAGUGUCAUAAAGAAAUUCCAAGCAAAUGUGACUCUGGAUCCAAUCACAGCUGAUACCAAACUUAUCCUGUCUGAAGAUCGGAGAAGCAUUACAUGCCAAACUAAAGCUCAAGACCUGCCUGAACAUCCUGAGAAUGUUUACUUUUAUUCCUAUAUGCUGGGCCGUGAGGGCUUCACAGCAGGCUGCCAUUUCUGGGAAGUCCUUGUGGGAAGUGAGGAAGGCUGGGCCGUGGGGGUGGCCAGAAAGCUUGUGAGGGGCAGGGUCACCCUGACUCCUGAGGAAGGGAUCUGGGCUGUGGGGUGGAAUAAGGGCCGGUACAAGGCCUUCAUAAAGGACAUUAACCCUCUCCUGACCCUGCAUGGAGAGCUCAAGAAGAUCCGAGUCUCUCUCAACUACGAGGGGGGGCAGGUGGCCUUUUUCGAUGCUCACAGAGCAGCCCUUCUCUACAGGUUCUCGGGAGCCUCCUUCUCUGGAGAGACCCUUCAUCCCUUCUUUGCUGU